AAAUGGAAUCUUGUGCUGCCGUUGAGAAGGAGGUGGAGAAAGUGAUUAACAAAUUUUCUGCCAUUAACGAUCAUUCGCAACGUAUAAUUGGUGAUGUUAUAUCUCUCAUUGAAAAAUUACGCGCAUCCAUCGCGGAAGGUACUCCAGAUAAUAAAGUUACACCUGGACAGGCGGAAGUGCUGAACGAUGCUCUCACGAAAACAAAAGAUAAGCUGCAGCGUCUUACCACCGAACACCGCGAUCUGCACGGAACCGUGAGCAAGGUGGGCAAGGCUAUCGAUAGAAACUUUGUGGCUGACUUCACUGCCACCUCCCGGACGGACGCGUUCCAAAACGAGCGCAACGUGAUGCUGCUGAACAAGAUCAUGGCGCAGCACUUUUACCGCCAGGGUAUGGACGAUGUGGCCGACACGUUGAUCAAAGAGUCCGGUCUGCCCGCUGAGGAUAUCGUACCCGAGCCGUACGCCGAGCUACACCGCAUCUGGGAAGCGAUACACAACGGGAAGCUGGCGCCAGCCCUCGAUUGGGCCAGUCGUUACUCGGCCGAGCUGGAUGCUCGAAACAGCUCGCUCGAGUUUAAGCUGCACCGGCUGGCGUUCAUGCAAAUACUGAACGAAGGUGUGCAGGCACAAACGGAAGCGAUCACCUAUGCACGUACCAAUUUUGCCAAGUUUGUACGUCGCUUCGAGAAAGACAUACAAAUCCUAAUGGGAACGCUUAUUUACCUACCGAUCGGAAUUCACAACUCACCGUACAAGUAUCUAACGGCGCCGGAGAUGUGGAUCGAGACAGCGGACGUGUUCCUGAAGGAUUCCUGUCAGCUGCUGGGCAUCAACAAAGACUCCCCACUAUCGGUGAUAGUGAACGCCGGAUGUACGGCGCUACCCGCGCUGCUCAAUCUCAAGCAGGUCAUGAUGUCGCGCCAGGUUACGGGCAUUUGGAAUGGCCGCGACGAGCUACCGAUUGAAAUUGAUCUCGAACCGGAAAAUCGUUUCCACUCCAUUUUCGCAUGUCCCAUCUUGAGGCAGCAAAGCUCUGAAGACAAUCCUCCGAUGAAGCUCCUCUGUGGACACGUAAUUUCCCGUGAUGCCCUAAACAAGCUCAGCAAUGGACCGAUAAUGAACAAUACUUUCAGAUUAAAGUGCCCAUAUUGUCCCAUGGAGCAGUGCCCCUCGGAUGCCAAGCUGAUAUAUUUUUGAGCGUCCAUUGCUUGCACGCUCCAUAUUUUGAGGCAGUCCACACGAAGAGGAAGCAGCAGUGAACCAGUGCUAGGAAUGGCGCGAAUUUUCACCACCAGAAUGAAGGGUUUGAGUCUUACGAAUAGUUGAUGGGGAAAGGUGGUUGACCUGUACCGUGUCCGUACUACAUGAAAAAGCAAACAUAGUGUUUAGAUAAGCAAACACGGUUAUUUACGGUUCAGUUAUGGAGUAAGUUAGUUUAAUACUUCGAAUCAGACGCAGUGAGAAACUCUCUCUCCAACUAAAUAGUUAUCCCAAUACUGCGCAUAAAACUGUUGUUAGUCGGUCGUUAUUACUUCUAACCCCCCCUCUUUCAAUACUCGGAGUGUGCAUGUGGUUACGAAACCUUUUACUAAUUUCUUGUUUUAUCGUUAGGAAGAGUUCACUUAGCAAGAUGUUGAAGACAUCACAAAUGUUGGGUUGUUGAUUUUAUUCUAGUUUGUUCAUUUUUCAGUUUGUUUGUGAAUCAACUGUGUUCCAUCCUACGUAGUUGUAUGCCGAGAUACUCAGUCCUGGGUUAGGAGAAGGUUUUUCUGGCGUAUAGCAAAUACAUACACGAAACAGAACGUUUCUUUAGAGUUAGGAUCAAUUACACGGGAUAUGAAAAAAAAACUCCAAACCUAAUUUUCUUUAUAUUUACCUGCCCGUUCCGUGAAACUGGACAACGGUGUACUCAAGCUCACUCCACCAGGGAACCGUAGGUACACGAAGUAAGGAUAAACCAUAUCGAUGAUGUUAGAAUCUGUAAUGUAGGCAGGAUUCAAAUUAUCGAUAAAAGUUUAUGUCAGCAUGAUAAAUAAAACCGCUUGCUUCAUCGAAUGCUGCUUAAGAAGGACCUACAAGGCUGUAAAUAUAUUAUAUGUAUAAAUAAAUAAAUUUAUAUUUUUUAUUGACGACUAAUAAAACCCACAUAUAGGAAAAAAUA